AUGAGCGAGAGCACCGCUGAGCUGCAGCGGGCCAGACGCCGCUACAAAGCGCUUGUUCGCGAGCGGGGGUCGCUAGCGAGCUCUGGCGCCAGCGAUCCUGUGGUCGAGGAGGAAAUCCGCAAGCUAGAGGAAAAGUACGCAGAGCUGAAGCCGCAUUCGCCGCCACCCCUGCCGGACCACCGCGCUGCGAUAUCUGCACCUGUCGCACCUUCCGCCACUAGCGAGGAGGUUGCAAAGCCGUCGUUGGCUAUGGCACCCUCUGCCUCCCCGUCGACCGAACUGCACCCCGCACCCUCCAUGCCGCAGCCGUGCGCUCCGAUGGACGAGGUGUGCGUUGAGGCUGUGAAUGCAGAUCAGCAGGCUCGCGCGGCACAAUCGAGGGCCGGCGCGCAGCUUCCGGCCAAGCUCGGCAGCCACCUUGCUCUCUUCUUCCUCCGGUUGUUCAACGAAGCACACCAAAAAUCGCUCCUCGGCUGCUGGAACUGCGCAGCCAUCGCAGCCCUUUCGAUCGCCGUCGCCGUGUUGCACUGCACGGUGCUUGACCCGUCGUCUACAACCGGCUCCCUCAUCACGCCUUCUUUUUUGUGUUGCCUCGUGCACGCCAACAAUCUUGCAUCCCUGUACACGCAGCACAGACGACGGCUGAAUGUUCCCAUGCUCGUUGUGUACGUCUGCUUGGACGCUGUUCCAUCACUUGCGCUCGAUUUGGUCGUCUACAACCUUUCCUUGACGCUGAUGGGGUUCUGCGGCCUUCACCCAGCGUCCUUUGUUUGCUAA